CAAAAAAGUAAACAAAAUAGUAGGGAUAUUAUCAAUUAGCUAGCUGAUCUCCGGUAUUCUAUAUUACGUGCAAGAAAAUAAGGAUAAAGAACACUGGAAAUGCUUCCAAAGUGUAUACAAUGCGAAAGAACGUCAUCAGUGAUGUGGUGGAGUAUUGCAAAUGGGGAGAUUUGCAAUGAAUGCAACGAGCAGAAAAAAAAUGGUGGCGAGCAAGAUGAGCAAUGUGAGGAGAAGACGCUCCGGAAGAGUUCAAGGAUUACCAGGAUGCGUAUAAAGUACAAUUCGGGGAUUGUGAGGGGUAUACCCAAAGGGAAGAGCAGACGUAACAUAUUCAAGAAAAUUCCCGUUAAAACACCCACUGUCACAGCCACAACAACAUCCGUUGAAUCCAUCUUCUUUGGCCACAAGUACUUCCAGCUUGGAGAUAUUGUUUCCCUCGUGGAUAAAGAUGACAACAUAUAUUAUGCGCAAAUUCGUGGUCUACUGCAAGAUAGCUUCUGUGAGAAGUCAGCUGUUAUUACCUGGCUUAUCCCAACCUUAGACAGUCCGCCGCCAAACGAAGAAUUUGAUCCGGCAACAUAUUUAAUUGGUCCAGAUGAGGAUUUUCCUAGGAAAUUGUCUACGUUGCAGUUUGUGAUGCACGCUCCAAGUGAUUACUACAAACAGAAUUGCCCAUAUCCAAAACCAUAUUCCCUGGAUUCAUCAGAUUGCGAUAAAAACUCGUAUAUUUGGUCGAGGCUAUAGGUCAGUCACGUUGUUCCAUCAGUUCCAGGAAAGUAUCCUAUCGCUUUAUGUUAAGACCUGUACCCAUGGAUUAAAUUGUGUAACAGAAGAAAAAGUUCAGAUUAA